AUGUCAGAUCACGCAUUCCUUUUACGCCUUCCCCACAACGUCCGGUACCGGAUCUACGUUGAGCUAGGAAUUAUCGUCCAAGACGGUGUUGUUGAUCUUAGUCGCGUUCCACCGCACGGGGAAUGGUCAUGCCGCGAGCAGAAGAUCAUCAAUGACCCCUCAUGGCAUUACCGGCAUUCUUUUGCAAACCAGCUCUUCUAUGUUUCCCGUGGUGUUUCCGAAGACGCGCGGAGUUUUUUCUAUUCGGAAAAUGUAUUUGGCUUUUUCCGUCACAUUGGUUGGGGGCUGCAGGCUAUUCGGGGGUUUGGACCGCUGGUAUGGAGAUCUUUCAGAUGCGUCUCGUUUGCACUUGACAAGUCCUGUCACUGGGAAGGGUAUGAGAACAGAUCAUAUCACUACGACGAUGAAUUCCUGAGCCGGUGUCGCGAUGUUGAGGAAGUUUUACCGGACUGGAUUUACAUAUGCGAGCAGCUGGCGGCUCAUAACACACAUAACGACAGGCUGGAUCUUCGUUUUAUGUGCGAUGCUUUCACAGCUGAAACUGCGGCGGCGUUUUUAAGUCCUUUGAAGCUUCUGCCCCGGUUGAAGAAACUUGCUAUAAAGAUGGGGCCCUUCUUCAAUCCAGACACGCAUCAGAUGUCUGCCGCUAUGAUACGGGAGAAGACGAAGCCUCGAGACUGCCCGAAACCGUUCCCCUUCUUUCACCUCCCAAUUGAGCUUCAAUAUCGCAUACUGGAACAUACCGACCUCGUCUUCGAUCUUGCACACAUCUACUCACCCGACCAACAUUGCUUUCGCCCGCAAUACUCGCAGUAUGGGAGAAGCCGCACCUUUUGUCCAGAUCGACGCGAGGAAUUCUGCAUGGAACCCGGUGUCCUUCCCUGUUUGCGUACCCCACACAUGCUCUUCCUGGUGAGCAACUCCAUGCGCCGGUUGGCGAUGGACGUCUACUACUCUCGAAACAUAUUCCACGUGGAGUGUGAGACAAAGACGUCCCCGCCAGCUGCGGCAUGGAGCGCGCAAAAGUCCGCAUUUCUCCGCUGCUUUGCACCGCGUUCCUUUCAAUACCUUCGGCAUAUUCGGUGGCGGAUGCCUUCAACGCGGACCUGGACCGCGUUUCAGCCUGGGAAUCGGGAAUCAGAGGACUGGGUGAUAUCGCUUUACCUGAUCUCCCUGGCCGUUCCUGCGGGUAGUUUGACGAUGGAAAUGAUGAUCCCUCCCUACUCCAGCCCAGUUACCACCCCUUUGACGCAAUAUCUUGUCGAUUGCGACGAUGAGUACUUCCGACGGCUUAUUUCAUAUAUGGAUUGUUUGAAGGGCCACUUGAGGGAUUUGUUCUUGCACAUUGAAUACUCUCCAAGCGGGGAAUGGGAUCAGAUUCGCUUGGACAAGGAACGAGCUCUGGAGCGAAUUAUAAUGGGGAGCGGUUAUGACAGCCUUGCGCGUGGGAAGAAUCCACACUUUCGAUGGCCCCGUCACCGCUGA